CUCUCCUGCAUCAUCCUGCCUCAAACGGAGCUUAAAAUCUGCUAGAAGUGCUGGUAACCAGAAAAGAAAUGAGGGCUGAUUCCUUCUGCUGAAGAUGGCUCAGAAAUGGGCAGUUCUGGCUGUGCUCCUUUUCUUGCCAAUCAAUCUGGUUGAAGCUCACAACAGGGUGAGUGUAGAGGCUGGCCAUGAAGCUGUGCUGAGUUGCCCCAGCACCUCCAGGGUGCCUUUGCUGCUGGUGACAUGGAAGAGGAAUUGCAGAGGUUGCUACUGCUUGUCCUAUAGAAGGGAUCACAAUGAGACAAGAAGGCUGAACUGCAGUGAGAGGAUCACAUGGAAAUAUUCACCUGUCAAUGACCCUGCACUUCGUAUUUACCCUGUGAAACUUGAGGAUGAGGGAAUUUACACCUGUGAAUUUGCCAACAGUGAAGGGAAUUUUCAUUUUUUCUCUUCUCUGACUGUGAUAGUCCCUCCUAUGGUGACUCUGACCCAUGACAAGAGCAGAGUGGCUGUCUGCCAGGCAUCUGCAGGAAAGCCAGCUGCUGACAUCUCCUGGAUCCCUGCAAGCAAUCACAGCUCUGAGGAAGAAUUCCAUCACCCCAAUGGGACAGUAACCAGAGUGAGCUACUUUGGCUGGGCCAACAGCUCAUUUCCCUCUGUCACCUGCCUGGUCACCCAUGCAGCCAUGAACCAGACUCUGGUCAUGGACCUGAAAUACACCUCUGUCCUUCAAACCAGAACAACGUCCCCUAGGCUCCUCUACAUCCUGACAGGAGCAGCUGCAGGUGUCGUUGCUGUCACUGGUGUGACUUUAUGCUUGAUUUUCAGGCGCAGAGCUUGCUGGUUACGUAAAGGAGCACAGGGCCCAGCAGAACACUUUACAAUUAGAGCCUGGAAGUUCCCAUGUGUGAGAAGAGCAGCAGUCAAGCCUCCUGACUUUCCAGAGAACAUCUAUGUGAAUUACAACCCCAGAUCUGUUUAUGUAUGCUCAUAAGAGUGUAGGCACAAGUAGCCAGCUCAGCUACUAAUGAUACUCAGCUACUCAAACUGGUACUUAACUCUUAAGCCUCAGACCUUACCCAAAAGACAAAAACCUUUGUCCUUCCUGACCUGAUGAUGGUGGGGCAGAAAGGCCCAUUUUAGUAAGUUUUUUUCUCUUUCUCUAAAUAUCAGUACAGUUCUAGAGAAAGUUGGAACUUUUAAAGAUUGAAUUAGGGAAAUACCUUAUUUUUGUUUGAAAAUGGACUCUGAUGUAUGUGCCGCCCUUCCUCAAAACAAUAAUAAACAUAUUUCUGUGCCAGAGUAAAAGACUGCUGGUGAAAAUAUAGCACUUUUCUUUCCAUUUUGACAAGUGGAUUCUCUUUAAAGUUCUGUGUUGGAGACCAGAAAAUGACACGGGGUCAAAACCACAGAAGGUCAAAGCAAUACAUCUAACAGAAAUGCAAAAAUAAGGCAGUUUUAGGUUUUUUUUGGUUGUUUUGUUUUGUUUCUGGUUGCACAUGACAUAUGAUGAUCUAGUAUUUGAUAUCUUUGUUUAUUUUUAAUUUUUAACAUAUUUCUUUUUCAAUUAAUCUGUUUGCAUUGAUAAUUGAUGGAAAAUAAAACCAAUUUGACAUUAUACUUGGAUAUGGAAAUAAGAAACAGCAAUGGACAAUUUUGGACACUCUUUAAUGUAAAUGUGCAAAUAUGCAAAUAUUUACCUGAAAGAUUUCUGUGGUUAUUUGGGCAAAUGUUUGUUGAACAGUUUCUGAA